AUGGUCUACGUGCGCACACCCUACCUCCGCCAGACGGUCAACUCGAAGCAACUGGUCGUCAAUGGCAAGCCAUUUCUCAUGCUUGCUGGGGAGCUCCAAAAUUCUUCGUUCAGCUCGGCAGAGUACAUGAAAGACUACUGGAAUACCCUCACCACGAUAAAUAUCAACACAGUACUAGGAUCUGUGUCUUGGGAACAAAUUGAACCAACAGAAGGCAACUUCGACUUCAAGUCACUUGAUCAAGUCCUUUUGGAUGCAAGGUCUCAUGGCUUACACGUCGUUCUCCUGUGGUUUGGUAGCUUCAAAAAUGGUCUCUCCACAUACACACCACCCUGGGUCAAAAAAGAUUCCAGGCGCUUUCCCAGAAUGAAACUGCGAGGUGCAGACGGAGGCCUGAAAACAGGAGACGUUCUCACCAUAUUCGGGACAGAAGCACAGAAAGCCGAUGCCAAAGCUUUCAAAGCACUCAUGCAACACCUGCGCGAGAUAGACGGCGAGCACUCCACUGUAAUCAUGGUACAAGUCGAGAACGAGACCGGCGUCCUAGGUGACUCCAGAGACCAUAGUGAACUUGCCGAGAAACGGUUCUCAUCACCGUUGCCGGAGGAGUUUCAUGACUUCCUGAAGAGAGAAUGGUCUGGCUUUACGGAUGCCUUUCAACGCAAUCUUGAAGAACUUCGUCAACGUCCCCUGCACAAGAGCAUGACAUGGAAUGAUCUGCCCGGUAACCCAAAGCGAAUUGACGAGCUGUUCAUGGCCUACCAUUACUCCUUGUAUCUGGAGGAGGUAGCUUCGGCGGGAAAAUCAGUCUAUCCUCUUCCUUUGUACACGAAUGUUUGGCAAAACUACAUGGACAGUGACGCCGAUACAAACACACCGCCUAUUGCCGGCGGUGGCUCAGAUCCUGGAGACUAUCCAUCCGGUGGUGGAGUGGUUGAUGUUCUGGACGUUUGGCAGGCGUUUGCCCCUUCUCUCGACCUCAUCGCUCCGGACGUAUACUUGAACGACUAUGCGACGUCGUGCAGGAAGUACCGACACAACAGCCAGCCUUUGUUCAUUCCAGAGCAGCGUCGUGACGAGUACGGUGCAUUGCGUAUCUGGACCGCUUUCGGCUCGUAUGGAUGUCUGGGAACCUCACCUUUUGGAUGCGAAACGGUGGACCCUAUGCAGAGCCCAUUCAGAAAGCAUUACGGCUUGCUAGCAAAGAUGAGCCAUCAUGUUCUCGCCGCUCAAGCAAAAGGCAAUGCCAGUGUAGGCUUCUUCUUUGACGAGCUGACGUCGGAAGGCUCGGACCCGUCAUCGAAAGUCAACGCCACCUUUGGAGACUGGGACUUGUUGAUAGAGCGAUCAUUCGUGUUUGGCCGUCCGUCGCAAGGUUCUGGUAUGGUUAUUCACACAGGAGGUGACCGGUUCCUACUCCUGGGUUGGGGCUUCCAGGUGAUCUUCAAGCACAAAAGCUCAAAGGCCCACUUCAAUGGUAUUCUCAGAUUCGAGGAGGUGGAAGUUGAUGAUGCAAAGACUGGAGCUUUGAGGACGGUCCGUUUGCUGAAUGGCGAUGAGACGCAGAGUGGCAAGUAUGUGAUUAUGCCGAGCGAGAAUCCCGAUUAUGGAGGCUUCCCGAUCAGUGUCACCAUUCCUGCUCGUACCGGUGUCGCAAUGUGUGAGCCGUAUGCGUUGUGCGAUGAUUAG